ACAAAGAUUACUUGGAAGGUUGAUUUAAUUCAAUUGGUUCAUGGUAUUCCUAAGCGUAUGAGCCGUAUACAGAACUUUUUGGAUACACAACCGGUGAAUCCAAUAACUUGUACCACAGAUGCGCUAGAGACACCACCGUUUACUUGGAUGCAUCGCAGGUUGAUCCGCAGGACAUCUUCGACUCCUUCGACGAGCACGAAUACAAGCCGUACCAGUCGCAAUCGCAAUCGGUGCCAACGAAUGGUGACGGUCGAUACAUGUGCGACCUCUGUCACAAGUGCUACAAGUACAACAGAGACCUCGUCCGACACACUACAUACGAGUGUCACAACGUGGUGGAGAAACCCAGCUUUAGCUGUAACCUUUGCCGCUACACCGCACCCCGCCCUGCCACGCUGAAACGUCAUCUAAUACUCAAACACAAUCAGUUCAGAUUACUUCAAAAUGUUACUGUAGGUCCACCCAAGUAGGGAGAACGGGGAAUGCUUUUAAGUUGUACUUGUCUCGUCCGCAGAUUUUGGGGUCGAGCUGAUUUUAAAGGAUUUGAAAGUAAAGUAUCUCUUGAAUCAAAAGGUUCAAUGUCGGACCGAUUUCAAUGGUUUUUGCGGCUACCGAUGGGCGGUAGUUCUUGGAUCAUCCCGCUUUUUUUAGAUGUAAUCACAAGGGCGCGCGUAGCGGCCAGGAGACAUACCCCCUAAUAUUUAAAUAACGCCCAUGAGAGACCUCAAGAAUUAAUUUUAAAAAUGAUAUUCUAAAAAUACGUCAGGAAACUUUGUUUGAUCAGGAUGACUAGUUGUUGAAAAGUCGUUGGAAACCUGGAAAAGUCUGGGGGAAUGCAGCCCAACUCUGAAAAUUCAGAGUUUUGCUGCGGAAUCUUGAAAUUCUUCCUUCCAGCCGAAACAUGAAAUUCUUUUUUACCGCACACAUACCUCCUAUCGGCGAAAAUUGGACCCCCUGCCUUUCAGUUCUCAAAUUUAGAAUGUUUCGACUGUAAAAAAAAACUUCUCGCCCAAUAAUUUUACGAGAAGUUUUUUCUUUGGAAAUAGUGCCCCCCGCCCCCCCCUCAAAAAAAGAGCAUUUAAAAUUCUUAAGAAAUUCGGGGGAUUUUCGGUUCAAAAACCCUGAAGUCAGCGAAAUAUCAGGAAAUUUCGACAUCUAAGAAAACAUGGCACCCUGUUCAACGAAAACUCGAAGAUAAACGAAUUAUAAGAAAUCGACACAUUUUCAUUCAAUCACUGCUCCCUCGGUGGCCAUGCACAUCCCUGUAGUCAAAGCUUGUAAUCUAUUUUUCAGUCAUCGAAAAUUAUAAUAAAUUUUGCUAAAAAGGAA